AUGGAAGAACACGCAGAUGCGAAAUGGAAUUUACCGGGCUGGAGAAUAGAGCAGAAGUACAGCACUGAUGUACUGAUCGGGAAUUGGAACGAAGAACGUCGAGUGGUAAGUAGCGCUCCAUCUUUUUAGUAGGGUUGAACAUUUCAUCAUGCGGAUGUGAAAUAAUUUCUCGGCACAAUAGAACCCAACAAGCUGUGAACAAUUAGCUUCGUAAUAUCAGCUUGCUAAGAUCCAAUUUUCCUUAUUUCUUCAAUGCUUAAUAAGCCACAUCCAAAAGAAUUCUCUCAUUCAAUUUCCCAUCGAAACUGUCAAAAGUCACUCGUGACUUUUACAAUUUUGACUGAAAUGCCCAUUGUUGAAAUAAUUUUAAUUCCAAUAACUGAAUUGCGUAUUUGCUUGAACAGUUGUAGCGAUGAUAAACAUCUUCUUUGGAAAAGAGCCAGAAUCAAAGAUCAAAAAUAUGAAUCAUUAUGACAUUACUUGAUUAACUAAUACUUAGUCGAGUAAUUUUUUUUUUUUUGUAGAUGUGUUUUGUAUUCUUUUUGUUCACUAAACUUGAAUAAAAGUAAAUAUUUUAUACUGAAUUCCUGACCCGCUAGUAGGUUGUAGUUGCUCAAAUGGAGAAAAGGAAUUUACUUAAUGAACAAGAGUUUGAAAUUUAGGAAUAGAUUAAAGUAUUUAGUUUAGAAGCUUAUUAAAUUUAGCAGCAGUUUGGUAAUAAUUUCUGGUAUUUAUAUAUUCAAGCAUUUCACACAAUUUACUUGCGCAGUAAGUUUUGAGCAUGAAUUUUUUGAUGGCUUUUUAAUGAACAUUAGUUUCUUUCCAUGCUUAUUACAUGUUUCUCCCUCUGACAGGCUUCCAUUACAGAUAUUUCUAAAUUUUACUUUCAAUUUCUUUGACCAUCAGUAGGUCACCUCUGUAGUUUUUAAACCAUGUUCUCUACUGAUUAGUCACAAGUACAUCCCCACCCCCUGCCCAAUUACUGAAAAUGACAGGGAAAAAGGGAACAAUUAAAUUGAGACCGUUUCCUUGGCAGGACCCAAGAAGUGCCAAUUUUCUCUUCCAAGAGACAAAACUUAAUUAAAAUUAAAUUUCACUGGUAUUAUAUUGCUGUGAUUUUUUUUAUCAGUUUGGACGUGGUGACUCACACUUUGGGAGUACUCACAGAGUGGACUUCAAAAAUUAUGGAAAAUUUCUACCAGAUGUCACAACCAGACGAAAAGCUCUUCAGCAACAUAAUGUAAGUUAGUAGUUAAAAUAUAAAUUACAACAAAAUUGUUUUCUAUCAACAUUGCAGGCAAACUUUUAUCUUUUUGUUGCACUGUCCAGGAACUUCCAGUGCCUCUAAAGAUAAUUGUUGUUAAAGGACUGAAAGAUUAUAGCCUUGGCUCUGGUUGUUGAGGGUGAAUAAAACCACCCAAGAGAAAACUGCAUAAUAAGUCCCUAAACUAAUUCUUUCCCUCUCAGGAUCUAUAAGCUAUUUAUCCUAACUGGUGGCCAUAGCUUUCUUUGUUGACCAUUAGUAAGAAUUUGAAGCUAAAUGAAAAAAAAGUCCACAAUCCUGAAGAAAAUUAUUUUUCUACUUCUGACUAACUCCUUGUCUGACAGUCUAUUAAAUUUAUCUCGAGAAUAUCUAGAACCAUUGCCCCUGAGAUUGAAAGAAGUAAUAAAUCACUCCCUAGAUUGUGAUAAAUCCACAAGAUACCCAAAGUUCUAUCUAGCUAAGCCACAAGUGACAAACUCAUAUCUUUGAACAACUUUUAUAACCUUCUGUACAUGAUAGUUCUAAGAACUGGCUGCCCUAGAUUUAAAAUCAAGAGCCUCCUAGCAUCCAAUUUUUUUUAUGCAGCACAGCUUCAAUUUCAAUAUCCCCCCUUUGUAAGGUUUAAGCCUGAUGAAAAAAAAAAUAGUUUGUAAAUUAACAAAUAAAGUGUUAUUCUAUCAAAUAGUUUCUUUCUUUAACGUUUAUUGAUUAUUUCAGGGGCUAGGAAAAGAGUUCAUAUUCUCCCAUCAUCAAAAAGCUUAUGAGGGCAACAGAAUAUCCUGGUAUGACCAACAGUUUAACAAGCGUGAGAUUACAGAGUCAAGGCUGCCACCACUGAGGAGCUGGGACAGGCAAAAGUUAGCCUGGGCACCAGAGAAAUCUGAUUACCCUAUCCAAGGUUUGUUCUAAGUAGACUCUUCAUCACCAAAGAGGAAUUUCUUCAGUAUCAACCCAUUCUCAAUUCUUUCAGUGCAUGACAUGUUGAUGCAAGUGGCAUGGUCAGUACUCUUAUCAACAACAGCAAAUUGGCCAAUCAGAUUGCAACAUUACUGCUAAUUGUGAUAAAAAAAAAAUCAAGAUUCAAAAUAAUUAAAUAGAGCUUUCCUUGAGAGUACUUUUGAUGUCAUUUAGAUUUACAUCUGAUAGUAUGCUUGACUGUUCAACUAUGACAAGGACAGUGGAACAACAAACUGGGGAAGUUCAAAACCCAAUACCAUGAAAGCUUCUAUGGAGACUUGGGUGUAGGUUCUCUGCAAAAAGCUAUCCCCAAGUUAUCAUUCCAAGAAUUAGACGGGUAGGUAAUUAACAAUUUUUUUUUCAAUGUUUAUCUAGGACCUCCUACUAACUACGGACUUCUGAAGAAACUUCAGCAGAAGUGGAAGAAUGAGGCAGCUUUGGAAAAACUUGGGACAAAUGUGUCCACUUACAACAUGUCAUUCAACCAACAUCCAAAAGAAUUAUUUACAUUUCAACACCAUGCAAGACCAAAAAGUCUCUCAUGUCACUUCCAUCCACAUAACAUCAACAAAGAUCUGCAUUUACGAGGGAAACAACUCAGCACUGCUCCAGAAUUUCCUCCAACUCUUGCCAUUCCACACAAUGUUCCUCCAAACUUUCCACAAUCAACCAUACUGGCAAUUUAA